AUGUUUAAAAAGGAAACUGUUGUUAUUAAAGAUGACCAACCUACUGAUAAUACUACACCUCCUGGAAAAUAUUCCUGGUUAAAGUAUGUAGAAAAAAUGUAUAAUGUAUUAUUUGAAACUGAAGAUGAAAAAAUGAGAAGAGCAGUAUUUGAAGGAAAUGCCUCCUUAGUAUUAGAUUUAUUGGAUAAGGGUAAUGAUUUAGUUAACAAAGAUAAACAUGGAAAUACUUUACUUCAUAUUGCUGUAAUGGCUAGGCAAAUUGGCAUGAUUUCUUUUCUAGUAAAUCUUGGUUUAACUCCAAAUCAUGUUAAUUACAAAGGCGAAAAUAUUUUGAUGCUUGCAAUUCAAUUAGGAUUUAAUGACAUUGCCUUUGAAAUUAUGAAAUUACAAAACUUUAAUUAUGCAACUCCAGAUUUAAAUGGAGAGAGUUUGUUACAUUACUGUGCCCGUUAUGGAAGGGCUCUUAUUUGUAGAGAAAUUCUCAAACAUAACAUUGACAUCAAUUCUGUUAAUUUUAACAAUGACAAUGCCCUUCACGUUUGCUGUUCUUAUCACUCAUUAAAUGUUGCACGAGUCCUUCUUAUCAAUGGAAUUAGAACUACUCAACGUAAUUCAUUUGGUCAUAUCCCACUAGAAGAUGCUGUUCAGAUGAAAGACCGAGAAAUGAUUAAACUAAUUUUUAUUGCCAUGAGAGGAAAUGAUUACUAUGAAUUUGAGAGUAUGAUCGACGAUUUAAUGAUAGGCAGGGAAGAUCCAAUUCUUUUAUUAAACAAAACUCCUAUCCAGACUAUGCACUAUGGGGAAAUACAGCCUAUUUUGAGACAAGACUAG